CCAGAGGAGUAUCACACAAGAUCACACCUGAUGUUUAUGAAUAGAGAAAGUAUACUUCAAAUCGUGUUGACAGCAGUCUGCCACCUACAGGUCUCAAUAUAGAGAGAGAAUUUAAGAGGAUUGAUAAUUGCCGGAUAGAAAACGAAGGGAUUAAUGCAUCAGGUUACAUGUGACAAUAAUCUCUCUAUUAGCCUGUUAGCAGCUAGCAACACAGCACAACUUCCUCCUGCUCUCACCGGGCUAAUAUAUGAGUCUGAACAUGGGAUACUAAUAUCACUUAUGAGCCUCACAGACACGAACGCGGAUUCCUCGAUGCAGACAUUUAUCUGACCAAUGGACUGGGUGACAUUAUCAUCAUGCCGUCAGCGAAGGUGCUGAAGAGUGCCCAGUACAUUGAAUUGGGCAGUUACCAGUAUUGGCCAGUUCUGGUGCCCAGAGGAAUCCGCCUGUACACUUACGAGCAGGUGCCAGGAUUCCUACGGGAAAAUCCUUAUAUCACUGAUGGCUACAGAGCCUAUCUGACCUCUAGACUGUGCAUUAAAAGCCUUUUCAUUCUGUCCAAUGAGACGGUAAACAUCUGGAGUCAUCUGUUGGGGUUCUUCCUGUUCUUCACACUGGGAGUUUAUGACUUGUUGGCGGUGUUGCCUAUGUUAGACGCGUCCAGAGAGGACUACGUCAUCUACUCCAUAGGCCUCUUCUGCUUUCAGGUGUGCAUGCUGUGUUCUGUUGGCUAUCACCUGUUCUGCUGCCACCGUUCCGAAAAAACCAGCCGCCGCUGGAUGGCACUGGAUUAUGCCGGGAUCUCCAUCGGAAUCAUAUGCUGUUAUGUUCCAGGAGUGUUCUACGCGUUCUACUGUAAUAACUACUGGCGGCAGGUGUACCUGGUAACUGUUCUGGCCAUGAUGUUGGCAGUGUUCUUUGCCCAGAUACACCCUCAUUACUUGACCAAGAAGUGGCAGAAGCUUCGCUCUCUUAUAUUCUGUGCUGUGGCGGGAUAUGGCCUAAUUCCCACCUUUCACUGGAUCUGGCUCAGUGGGGGUUUCAGCUCAGACAUAGUCCAGGUAAAAGUUACAAUGAUAAUGUAUGUACUUGCUGUAGCUGCUAUCAUCUUCUUCAUGUCCAGAGUUCCAGAGCGUUAUUUCCCAGGUCAGUUGAACUACUUGGGCUUCAGCCAUCAGGUCUGGCACAUUUUGGUGGUGCUCAUGUUCUACUGGUGGCAUCAGUCUGCACUUUUCAUAACCAACUAUCGUCACUCUUACCCUUACCCGGACUACCCUCUUCAUUCCUAGAGCUAUGGGAUCGAGGGACACUCUUUAUCUUUAAGCUUAAACAUAUUGUUUAUAUAAUAUGAUUGAGGUGUGUGGAUUUAAAAAAAAUUUAAUCUGUUUUAAAUGUUUUUAUACAUUUUGUAAAAUGAUGUUUCAGUCUAAAUACAAAUUAAAGGCACUUGAGGUAAGAAGUUAGGCUUUCAAAAGCACUUUUAAAAAUCAAGUUGAGCACCAUUUCACUGGGUCUGCGUGCAUUUCUACAUGCAGGUUAUGUGGGCAAUAAGUGUUACAUACUAAUAGUUCUAAUAGCACUAAUAGCAUUCAUAGUAUUAUUAUCUGUCUGUUCAAUACUAUUUUGGUGUUUACUUUUUGUAUUUGCACCUAAAAUUCAGUGAUUCACAAGCUUAAUAGGUACAUUUCGAUUUAUGUUGGGUUUGUGCGAACUUUAAUUUUUUUGUUCUUUUUCAAACGUACAUUAUGUAAUAGUUUAAGUGAGACUUAAGUCAUAUAGUCUCAUUUACAACAUUGAAUAAAGCAAAGAGAUUUGAUAGGGCUUGUUCAGAGAUUGGUGAAUGUCUGGGUAAAUGCCUUA